AUGCCUCCUUCCAUGCAAAAAAGCGAGAGCCCAUCUGUUCGCGAACGUGUUUUGGCAAUCGAACGAGGCCAACACAGUGAGAAUUCCAUCAUCCGUGCCAGAUAUGUGCCGGAUGUACGUGGAGUGAAUCGUUACAAGCACUUUCAUGUUAUCAAUACGCCGCCGGUGAAGCAGAAUGGACAGGACAAGUUAGCAAACCCGAAAGGGUCCAGUGAUCUGCCUCAACUCCGUACAACAAGAUCAGACUUUUCUAGAACACGUCCCGCAGCAGCAGUUCGUAGCAUCAUCGACGAUUUGGACAAUGGAGUUGAGAAAGGAAGGCGGACCAAGAAAACCACCCUCCCUCAUCUUGGCCCAUCGACCACAUUGGCGAAGAUGCAGAAAGAAUGGGACAUCUGUGACUACAUUGAGCAACAAGCCAAAUCGGCUAUGGCUUCAUCUGAUUCACUGUCAUCUUCCACCACAACAAGAUCCACCCAUUCCGGUAGAAAACUUCAAGACCAUCUAACAAGCUCUCAUCAUCAACCAAAUACUCCACGGACUUUCGCAUCGCUGGGAACGGCGGCAAAAAAUGAAAAUGAACCGAACGCAUCCGGUGAAGAGAUCACCACAGGAAAGAGCCCUACCACAUCCGGAGCUGCUUCUCCUUCCAGGCUGGAUGCUGAACCAAAGACAGAUACCACAUCUGCUCAAUCUUCAACAGCAAAUCUGAAAGAAUCAGCUACACAAACUCUUACAUCUUUACUUGAAUUCAUAACUGUCGUCUAUUAA